AUGGUUACCCAAUUCAAAACUGCCAGUGAAUUCGACUCUGCAAUUGCUCAAGACAAACUAGUCGUCGUUGAUUUCUACGCCACUUGGUGCGGUCCAUGUAAGAUGAUUGCUCCAAUGAUCGAAAAAUUUUCUGAACAAUACCCACAGGCCGCCUUUUACAAAUUGGACGUUGACGAAUUAGGUGAAGUUGCCCAAAAGAACGAAGUCUCUGCUAUGCCAACUUUGGUUCUUUUCAAGAACGGUAAGGAAGUCGCUAAGGUUGUUGGUGCUAACCCAGCUGCCAUCAAGCAAGCCAUCGCUGCUAACGCCUAA